CACCCCUCUGCCAGGUGCCCACGCCUGGGGCGCUGAGGAAAGACCUGACGGGGUGCAUUGAACAGAACCGGCCCGCGUCCCAGAGUUCGCAGGCAGGCCUGCAUUACCGAGGACAAGAAGACCACCCAGCGUGCUGUCCACUCUCAGCCCCCCCUCGUGAGUCUGCAAACUUCUUGGGAAGGUCCAUUUCUCCAUCGAUGGCCCAGGGCUUUGAUGACGUGGCCCCAGUGAAAACAAGAGGUGCACCACAGGCCCCUCUUUGGAAGACGACCUUCCCCCGGUUGCACCUGCUGCCCUCCAGGAACAGGCAGCCCGAUGCGCGCAUUCUGUUUGCUCGCCUUUCCUCUUUGCGGUGCUUAGAGAAUGAACACCCACCUCCAUUUCACAGGCACCUCUGCGGCGCCCACAGCUACCGCGUACGAAACAGAAAUGAGGAAGAGCGGCAACAAAGGGGGAGGUUAGGGAAUUGAACACGCAAGAAACUUCAGCGUUGAGCUGACAUUUCCUGAGUGCAGUCCGUGUGCACAGCUUUCGGGCUGAUGCUGGCAGGCCGGUGCGUGGGGAGCCGGAGCGCAUAAAGGCGGGCGGGCGGAGCAGGACCCGCUGUCCUAGGGGUCGCCGUGUCCCUCCGGUGGCCCCAUGGGUCCACUGGCCACAGCCGUCCUGGUCACGGUGCUGCUCCACCCAGCGUCCGUCCUCACCCAGCACGGUCUGCCCACCGUAGAAUCCACCCCCAGUGUGAACCUGCAGUUCGACCCGAGGAGAAUGACCUUAACCUGGAACUGCACACAGAAUGUCACGGCCGUCGCGUGUGGCAUGACGAGCAAGGACACGGGAAUGCUGACAAUGAGGCUCCGGAAGAAUGCUUGCCAAUGCUCAUUUCAAGACCGUCUUCUCCACAAGGGCGCCACAUUCACAGUGACAGUCAAUAUCGGCCAGAGGCAGAUUACAGAAAAACUGCUCUACAUGAACCCAGGCGGGAACAAAACAGCUGCACAAAACUUCUCCUGCUUCAUCUACAACGCAGAUUUCAUGAACUGUACGUGGGCAAAGGGCCAAGCGGCCCCCGACGACGUCCAGUAUUUUCUGUACAUCCGAGACUCAAAGAGGAAAACCGAGAGACAAUGUCGGCACUACGCGCCCGAGGCAGGGACCCACGUGGGAUGCCAUCUGGACUUUGUCUCCGAGUUGCGUCACCAAACUUACGUCCUGGUCAACGGCUCCAGUGAGAGAGCAGGGAUCCAGUUCUUUGAUGCCAUGUUGCUGCUGAAGAAAAUAGAAGUGCACAGCCCGCCCAGCAACAUCACCGUGGGCUGCAACGCGUCCCACUGCCUCAUCCGCUGGGAGAGGCCCAGGAGCCACCUCAGCACGUCCGACAGGGACUUCCAGUACCAGCUGCACAUCCAGAGGCAGGACAAGGAGCAGCAAGGUGACAACCAACUGGUGGAGCUCUCUGGAGACUCGGGGAACGCGUACGACUUUCCCAGCCCACAGCCGAGAGCCAGACACACGGUCCAGAUGAGAGCGGCAGACACCAGGGUGCUUCAGUGGGGCGCCUGGAGCCCUCCAGCCGAGUUCGGCUCCCGAGAACAGGCCCCCAGCCUGGUGCACGUGUACCUGCUGGUGAUCCUGGGGACCCUCCUCGGCGCCCUGACGCUUGGCUACCUCUUCAAAAGGUUCGUUGGGACUCCAGUUCCACAGGUCAAGGACAAACUGAACAAGGAUGACGAUGAGAUCAUGUGGGACAAAAUCCCAGCAGCCCCGGGGAAAGCGGACGGCGAGGACAUCCUGACCGUGCAAGAAGUCAGAGAGUCCACGGUCAGCGUGUGAGCCUUGCACAAUGUCGGCCGUGAAUCGUUCUGAAAUGGUCUGUGUGUUCCAUUGCGUGGAGCACGAAUACAUCUCCGUAUUUUUUUUUUUUUUUUUUUGGCUUGUAAAUCUUAAGAAAAAAGAAAAAAAAUACCUACCGAGAAGGACUCCUGGUAGCUCACAGAGAUGCCUGCACAGCCCUGGGUCCCGCCCACUGAGCAGCCCUAAUAAAGCAGUGCCCAGGAUCCUGCUUUAACCAAUAGGACUAAGAGUUUUUCCCAUCCACCCAUCCAAUCAGAGCUGCACAGCCAUACUCUUUCCCCCCCCAUUGUCAUCUUCACCAAUCAAUCAGAGCGGCUCAUUUAUGACCAAUCAGGACAGGGCCUGUUGGACCAAUCACACUUCAAGAAGUUGGAGUCCUCAUUUGCAUGAAAACAGACCAAUCAGGGACUGGGGGCAGGGACUUGUGUCUAUAAAAGUGGCUCCACGGACUGUGUUGAGCAGGUUCCUCCAGAGUGUGCUGGGUUGUUUUAUAGCAGCACUUCCCCUUUCCUUGAACGGGGCCUUCCUGUGCUAUUGGGUGCGUGCACAAUACUGUAGCCUCGCACCUCCUACUGGACACUCUUGUGCUAAGUGGAAGAAGCCAGACAGCGAACGAGGUACCAUGUGGACUCACCUAUAAGUAGAACCUAAUGAAGAGAGCAAACUGAUGAACUAAACAGAACCAGAGAUGUGGAAAGAGGGACCAGACUGGCAGUGACCAGGGGGGAAGGGGAGAAAAAGAAGGGGAAGAAGAAAACUCAAGGAGCAUGUACGAAGGACCCACGGACAACGGAGCAUUGACCCUUGGUGGAACUGAAGGGGUCAAUCAGUAAAAAUGAAGACAACUGGAAUGGCAAAACAAUAUAUUUUUUUAAGUGGCCUUUUACAAAGGUGCUUGUCAUUAGUGGGAUUGCGCAGUGGCCUUCCAAUGAAGACUUCCGGCCUCUGCGCCCCCCAGAAAGAGCUAGAUCUUACUUCGAGUAGGUCAGAUGUGGCCCCCGCUCGUGGCCGCCGCCCUGCUGGCCAGGACACCUCGACGUCCCCUGUCAGAACUUGUUCCCUCUCCUUCC